AUGACUACCUACCCAACCUACGCUGACCAAAAAGAAUGGAAAGAAAUCCAAGCUUUCCUUCCCAAACGUCUUCACUUCACGCCAGAUCACUCUCCAACUGAAGAAGUGUGGCAUCACCGUGGCCAUGCCCUUCAUCUUGAUCGAUGGCGCAACCCUUCCGCUGAAGUCCGGCUGAUCAUGCAUCACGGAAUGGGCACAAACGGUCGCAUGAUGUCCAUGCUUCUCGGCGUGCCUCUUCAUGAAGCUGGCUUUGAACUCGUCGCCAUCGACAUGCCCGGCUACGGCUGCACUGUCCCUGCCAAGAACUACGUGUGGGACUUUGAUGACUGGGUCAAAAUCUCAAGCGAAUUUGUCGACCACGAGUAUGAGAAUGAUAAACGACCAAUUGCGCUGUAUGGGCUCAGCGCAGGUGGAGGACUUACCUUCCACUCCGCAGGUUUGAAUGGCAAAGUCAAGGGUAUCAUUGGCAUGUGUUUCAUGGACAUGCGCAUCCAAUCUGUCGUAGACGCAGCCUGUCGAAACCUCCUGAUGAGUCGCGUCGGCGCCCCAAGCAGCGGUUUCAUGACCAGUAUCGGUCUGGGCUCGCUAUCGAUGCCCAUGUGGCUGACAGGCAGGAUGUCAGCGCUAGUCAACAAUCCACAAGCCCUGCAAGCAUGCUACAGGGACAACACAUCCGCGAACGCGUGGGUGACUAUGAAGUUUCUGGCUUCGUUCACUUCUUACAAACCGGCCAAGGAACCAGCCGAGUUUGAUGUCUGUCCUAUUCUUUGGACGCAGCCUGCUGAGGACAAAUGGACGCCACUGUGGGUGUCGGAGGCGUUUUUGAAGGGUGUCACCAAGGUUCCUGUCAAAACGGUCAUGUUGGAGGGUGCGGGACAUUAUCCACUUGAAGAUCCAGGGCUGAAGCAGAUGAGCGAGGCUAUUGUCUCGUUUCUGAAAGAUAUUGGAGCGAACUCUUAA